GUGAAAACACCGUCGUGGAUAUCUUCCGCUAAAUAAAAGUCUAGCACGGAACGUGAAAAUGUGUAGUGUGGAUAAUACUAACCGAAUUGCUGCUUUCUUGGAUGUGCCGCUAGGAAAAGUCGGAUACAAUUCCGAAAAGAUCCUUACCAGGACCAAAUCCGCACAGGAACCGAGCAUUUCGGGAUUUUCAUCAAUCAUCCAAUCUCUUGUAAGGGAAACAAAGAAACCGGCUGUAAAGCAGCUUCACUCCGACUUCGAGGUUGAAUGCCAAAUACUGCAAUGGUUGGAUUAUGCCGUGCUGUUCGUGGCACCAUCCAACAAGGAUAAACAUGCUGCUAAAAGCUUGCUGGAGGAACUAAAUUACUACUUACAAAGUAGGUCCUAUUUGGUGAAUGAUUCUCUCAGUGUGGCCGAUGUCGUAGUUUUUCACACAAUACACGAAACCAUGGCUAAUCUGCAACCAUUAGAAAAAGAAAAUUUCUUAAAUGUUUCCCGUUGGUUCCACCAUUUGCAACAUCUUGCAGAGGUGCGCCAAGGAAAGCAUCUUCUGAACUUCUCCACCUUACAACUGUUGGAAUGGGCCACCGGUACUCAUACUUAAGCUCGAAACGAAUCUAAUCUAUCAUCUGCCGCUGCAUCGACUUUGAAUUUUUGUGCUGUGUAGAAGUUUAAAUACCCAUCCAACUGCCUCUCAAGUUGAUUUGCAAUAAAUUAUGUAAAAUAUG